GCCCACGCCAACCAUUGUAUGUAUAUUCUCAUAAUCUACUCCAUAAGAGCCUGUAAUUAUUCAAACAAUAGUCAGUCGAAGCCUAAGAAAUUUUGUAGGCGUAUGUGUGUGUUUGUGUGUAUGUUCACUAAAAGACGGAGGGAGACUGUAAGGUGACCACCCACGAACACAUAAGUGUGUACGACUGACAUACCACCACAUCGCAUUGCAAACAUUAUCCACCUUGUCGGUACGGUACACUUUGUCUGAUCUUUAUCCAUUAAUACGCCCGGCUUCGUGGUUGUGUUUUCAGCUUUGGGAGUAUUGAUAAACUUGAGAGCUCCGUCGAUUUUUUCCAACCCGCUGUCAACAUCAUAAACGUUGUGGGCGAAGGAGUCCGGUGGAGGUGAAAGGGAUUUCUUUACAACACACGUGUAGGAGUAGGUAUAAGGACUUGAUGUCUUUGUGGUAGUUUUGAACUUGAAGCCUUCAGACCGAGCUGUGAGCGGAGUGUUCGACAAACAUAAUAUAAAAAGACCACUUAAGUCAGAGAGGAAUAAUCUACGUUUCUCCAGUAAGAGACAUAAUUUGAGUUAUCGGUGUGGUGUGAUUUCUCAAUCUUUUUGGAGUCUGGUUGUGACUGUGAAUAGUGUCUGUGACUGAGUGCGCUCGCACUUGUUUCCUUUCUUUCUUUCUUUCUUUUUUUAAAUGGACUCGUGACUGCUUUAAUUUUUGUUAAAAACUCGGCCAUGAGUCGGCGAAAACAGGGAUGGUAUGAAAAGACUUACGAGAUCUUCAUCAUAGGAGAGCAGCUGAGGUUUCAGAUGCAUGACCAAGGUCAGGUGAGAGAUCGUCGUUACCAUCUGCGCAAGUACAGGAAGUGUCUCAUUGGACGCGAUGCCGUUGAUUGGUUGGUGAAGCUGUACCACGUGACUAGUAGGGAGGAGGCCGUGGCAGCCAUGAAAAUAUUGCAGAAGUAUGGAAUCUUACAUCAUGUUGCUGACGACCACGACUUCAAAGACGCCCACCUGUUCUACCGUUUCACUCGGGAUGACGACACGUUCAAGGUCAACCGGGAACUCUCCGCCUUCUACAGGGGAGUAGAGCUCUAUCGCAAACUGAAGAACGAGGCUGGUAACGUUAUGAGAGAGUUCUACCACAAAGGCUCGCUCUACUCCGAGGCUUUCUACGGCUGUGAUGUGCUGGACUUUGUCUGUAUGACCGGGGCCGACCGCUCCGAGGCCCUCAAAGACUUCCGGGACCUUCUGGAGAGGGACAUCUUGAAGCAUGUCCACAUCAAAAGCGCCAAGAAGGCGGGGCCUAUACCACGUGACUCCAUCGACUCUGCAGCUUCCUGUGCCAGCGUCAGUUCCGGUAGCGUGACGUCACGGAACGAUUCAGGGCUGGGGUCUGUCAGCUCGCACACCUUGGAGCCUCGGUCAGGUCCGCCAGUUCCUGACUCACGUGGAAGGUCAAGAGGUGUUGCGACAGGACCACAGGCAAGUGGGUCGUCUGCUGGCAUCACGUGACCACGUCUCGCUCACCGUUCUCAUGGACAGGCGGGACGCCAACCGGUGUGACCUUUGACCUUGACACCCGAGGCCAGCAAGGUCACGGGAUCAUCUGCUGUGACGCCACAAUGUUAUUAUUAUUUUAAUUUCGGAUCAUGACGCCAUUAUUAGCCUAGUAGUAGUACCGCUCUGUAGCAAAACAGUUGGCUUAGCGGGUGGUUAGAGGGCGCCACUAGUAGGUCCUACUUCGUUGCUUUCCACCCUCUGUUGUUUCUGUCUCACUGUCUUACUUUUUCCUACGGUAUCACUAAAUGACUAUUAUUUUGUCGAU